CAAGUCAUUCAGUACUCGAGUACAGCGCAAGCGCAAAGUCUGCAAGUGUUGAGUGUCGAUUCUCGAACUUUUUACUGUACUAUCUUUCAGUUUAGUGCGUUCGUUAUUCGACGAAGGUUCUUCCAGUCGCUAAGAUUGAGCUAUAGAGUAUUGCGUAUUUGCGCGUUGAAUCUCUAUAUUUAGUGGAAAUUUAUUUGUUUCGAAUAAAUUUGUGUGUUGUUUUUGUGGUAAAUUUAAAAACUGUAAGAUGUUCAGCGGAAUUGCAGGCGCUUUCCGAAGCAUCGGAGAGAAAACGGCGUCUCUGUUCGAGCGUAAGAAGAAGGAUGCAGAGCAGAUCGCAGCUGAGAAGGCGCAAGAGGCUGCCCACGUGGUCGAGGAACAAGUCAAGAAGGCAGGAGAAAUGAUUGGCGGAGCUCAGCAGAAUGCCAGCCAAGCGGCAGACGCAGCGUCUAACACCAAGAACGCAGCGAUUGACGCUCUCGACAAGGAGCUGUCGAAGGUGUCCCUUGCAGCUGGUGAAGCGGUGGACGCUGCCAACAAGGCGGUAGCUGAUGGAAAGAAAGUCAUUGAUACAACUAAAGACACACUCGCAACCACAGUUGACAACACGAAGAAAGCAGCUGAAUCCGCUUACAACACAACUAAAGAUACUGUUAGUAACACGGUUGAGGGUACUAAGAAUUUAGCACAAUCUGCAAUCGACACCAGUAAAAGUUAUGCUGGAAGUGCCAAAGAUACAGUAUCGAAUGUUGCACAAAGCACUGUAGAUACAGCACAAAAAUCUGCUUAUUCAGCAUUUGAAACUGGAAAAUCAUAUGCCGUCACUGCGAAAGAUUCUGUAGCAAAUACUGUCAGUAGUACAGUAGAUACGACACAAAAAGCUGCACAAUCAGUUCUAGAGACAGGAAAAACGUAUGCAACCAGUGCAAAAGAUACUUUAGCAAAUACUGUAUCUAGUGCCGCGGAUACGACACAGAAAACUGCACUGUCCGCAUUUGAAACUGGUAAAUUAUAUGCAACAAGUGCAAAAGAUACUGUAUCAAGCAAUAUAAAUGCAGCUGUUGAUACAACACAAAAAACAGCACAAUCUGCUUUUGAUACUGGAAAAUCUUACGCGGCCAGUGCACAAGAUAAAGUAUCAAACACAUUGAACACUACUGUUGACACAACGCAGAAAACAGCACAAUCCGCUCUUAAUACCGGGAAGGCAUAUGCUUCUACUGCUAAAGACACCGUGGCUGAUUCAGUUAACACAACUGUUGAAGGAACGAAAAGCGCAGUUCACUCUGCCGUUGAUACAUCUAAAUCUUAUUUAGAUUCUACUAAAGAAUCAUCGCAAACAUCUGUACAUAAUACGCGUGAUGCUUCAAAGAACUAUGUAACAACAAUGUUUGACAUUAACAAGACGUAUUUAGACACCGCGAAAGAUACAGUGCAAAGUACAAUAGAUACGACAAAAAAUGCUGCACAAAAUGUAGUUGAAACAGGCAAGAGUUAUGUUGACACCGCCAAAGAUACGGUGGCCGGUACAGUAGACACGACCAAAAAAGCUGCCACUACUGCUGUAGACACAAGUAUUUCUUAUAUGGGAGCUGCGAAAGAUACAGUAGUUAACGCUGUUAGUAGCACAGUAGAUACGACUAAAAAUGCAGCUGCAUCUGCUGUAGAAAAAGGCGCAGCUUUUGUAGGAACAGCUAAAGAAACUGUAGCAAAUACAGUGGACACAACUAAAAACGUUGCUGCUUCAGCUGUUGAUAAAGGUGUAGGAUACGUUGGAAGUGCUAAAGAUACAGUAGUUAACACGGUUACCAGCACAGUAGAUUCAACUAAGAAUGUCGCUGCUUCAGCAGUUGAUAAAGGUGUUGGUUUUGUAGGAACUGCUAAAGAUACAGUAGUUAAUACAGUUGGAAGCACAAUAGAUACGACUAAAAAUGUUGCUGCGUCAGCUGCUGAAAAGGGUGCAGCUUUAGUUGGUGGUGCUAAAGACACAGUAGUUAACACGGUUACCAGCACAGUAGAUACAACAAAAAAUGUCGCUGCUUCAGCAGUUGAUAAAGGUGCAGCUAUUGUAGGAAGUGCCAAAGAUACAGUAGUUAACACGGUUACCAGCACAGUAGAUUCAACUAAGAAUGUCGCUGCUUCAGCAGUUGAUAAAGGUGUUGGUUUUGUAGGAACUGCUAAAGAUACAGUAGUUAACACAGUUGGAAGCACAAUAGAUACGUCUAAAAAUGUUGCUGCGUCAGCUGCUGAAAAGAGUGCAGCUUUUGUUGGUGGUGCCAAAGAUACAUUAGUUAACACUGUUACCAGCACUGUAGAUACAACCAAAAACCUUGCUGCUUCAGCAGUAGAUAAAGGCGUAGGUUACGUUGGAAGUGCCAAAGAUACAGUAGUUAACACAGUUGGAAGCACAAUAGAUACAACCAAGAAUGUCGCUGCUUCAGCAGUUGAUAAAGGUGUUGGUUUUGUAGGAACUGCUAAAGAUACAGUAGUUAAUACAGUUGGAAGUACAAUAGAUUCAACUAAGAAUGUCGCUGCGUCAGCUGCUGAAAAGAGUGCAGCUUUUGUUGGUGGUGCCAAAGAUACAGUAGUUAACACUGUUACCAGCACAGUAGAUACGACUAAAAAUGUUGCUGCAUCAGCAGUAGACAAAGGUGUUGGCUAUGUAGGAAGUGCUAAAGAUGCAAUAGUAAAAACCGUUGGUAACACAGUAGAUACAACUAAGAAUGUAGCUGCAUCUGCAGUAGAUAAAAGUGCAGAAUUUGUUAGUUCUGCUAAAGAUACGGUAGUGAACACAGUUGAUACAAGUAAAAAUGCAGCUGCAUCUGCAAUAGACAAAAGUGCAGCAUUUUUAGGAAGUGCCAAAGAUACAUUCUCAAGCUCUGUUAGUAGUACAGUAGACACGACGAAGGGCGUAGCUAGUGCCGUUGUAGACAAAGGAUCCUCUUUCGUAGUAGGCGCUAAAGACAUUUUUAAAACGAAAAUUGGAGCUACAGACAAAGAUGUACCAACAGAAUGGGAUGAAUUAGCCGAAGAUACAACCGACACCAUCAAUACGACUGUUGACACGACGAAGAAGGCAGCUGAAGACGCUAAGGCGCAGGCUGUGAAGGCCGCUGAAGAAGCCAAGGAGAAAGCGCGACUGGCAGCCGAGGCCGCCAAGGAGGAAGCCAAGAGAGCCGCCAAUGCAGCAGUGGAAGAAUCUAAGAAGGCAGCAGAGAAAGCCGCGGCGGACGCCAGCAAUGCUGUCCACAGCACUGUUGACAACACACUGAAGCGCGUGGAGGACGCCGCCGACCAGGGCCUCAAGAAUGCCAGCAAUGUAGUAGACGCUAAGAUCAAGGACGCAGACAAGUUCCUCAGCGAGAAGCGAGAUGCGCUGGUAACAAACAUUUCGUCCGCGGCGAAUGAUGGCGCACAAGGCGCUGCCAACCUGCUCAGCAAGGGAUUGGCUACUUUCCCUAAAUAAUCACACCUCAUAAAUGAAAUAAAAACCCUUUUAAAUGUCUCAUAAAAACAUAAAGUCAUCCGGGAAACUGACAGACUGUUUUGUAAAUAUAUUAUUAUAUUGUAUUUUAUUGAAAACAUAUUUGU